AAAACAAGCAAAUGGGUUAAAGAAUGCCAUGAGCUCUUUUUCUACGAGUAUUAUUGGCAAUGUUUCCGUUUUUGGCGAAGAGAAAAGAUUUCCAAGGAGGAGGAGGAGGAGGUUUUCGUGUGUGGGAUCGUGGGAUCGGAAACGCUAGAAAAUGGGACAUGAGAGAUCUAAAAGGCGGAUAAGGAAGUCGAGGAGCUAAGUGUUCCUAUAGCAGCGAAUGGAAAGGAUUAUGUGGGACAGCAAUCAGAUAAGAUACGUUAAACGUUCAUACCAGCUUGGAUUUUUUGCACUAUUAUUCCUAUCUGGUGUACGAAAUCUUUGCCGUAUUCUUGAAUAAUUUUAAUGUGAAAAGCAACCUUUGAAAUCAUUUUUCAGAUAUUUCUCAGGAUUAAUCAGUGCAGCCUUCUAAUAAUAUUAAGUGAAAAGUGGCAUCCUGCUCGCAUAUCACUUAUAAUACAGCACCACACAGUGCUUCCAUAGCGCUUAGCCGCUUAAGACGACACUCAAAUGGCAUUUGUGAUCGGCACUCCUAGACGCAGCUGGAAUUCCAGCUUGCCAAGUGAAUCACCCGACUGAGUGCCCGGACCAGGAGUUGAACGUUAAUGAGUAAUUUCCGCAGGCGCAUCCUCUCCUCGCUGGACCCCCGCCACGUCUCCCCACCCCGCUGCCUAGCAGACACUGGGUGCAUCAAGUGCUGCGCAGUAAGAACGAUGGGAAAAUAAGAAAAUCUGAUAGCCAGAAAUGUCGGGGAAAAGGAACCGAACCCGAAGAGAGACAGAAGCGACAGCAGCCAUGGCGCAUUAAGAUUAACGGCUCAGUGUUCGAUCGAAGGGAAGGUGCGAGAAAGAGAGAGUGAGAGGGAUGCUGUCUCCCUUUCUACACUGAAAAACUCAUCAAUCGUUUUCCAGCUUAUUGCCGAUUUGAUUGUGGAUUUAUUGGCCAGUUUAAUAUAUACACCAAAAGGAUAAUGGCGAUCAAGCUGAAUUUGUUCGUCGCUUUUCUGAUGAUUUACAUAUAUUAUAUCACAGAGGUUUAUUCCCGAUUGGAAGUUACAAACAUACAGUGCGUGUCGCUAGACAAAGACUUUGCUUUAAUUGAACAUUGUUUUCUAAAAUCUGUGAACCGAUCUUACAAAUAUAUUUCAAUUAAAGCAAACCUCCUUCAGCCACCCGUAACCAAAGUUAAGGUGCAUUUUGGACUUUAUCAACGUUUAAGUGGAUAUAAACCUUUUCUCUACAAUAUUACUUUUGACGCGUGCAAAUUCCUAAAAUCGCCUAAAUCCAAUCCAGUUGCUCUUUAUUUUUACACUUUUUACAAAGAUUAUUCCAACAUGAAACACCAAUGUCCCUAUGACCAUGAUAUUAUCGUCGAUAAGUUGCCAUAUGAUAAAAUAAAUAAUAUGCUUACCAAAAUACUGCCCUUUCCGGAAGGAAAUUAUAUGUUUGAAUCAGACUGGCUAGCCUACGACAUUCCCCGCGUUGUAGCUAAGAUCUAUUUCUCACUUACUUCAUAA